CCUUUGAUCUUCUACCUCGAGAUGUCAGGUUCAAGAAUGUCCAAAGACACCAUAGACGCGACAGAUGUGAUGUUCCACUUGGAUGGAGUGGCACAUUCCAUACCAUUACCUUUAUUCCCACCCGAGGUUCUAAAUUCUCGCGUCUCUGGGCUUCUUCGUGCUACACGAUCUUUCCUUGAUACCGACCAUGACUGGAUAUUCCCCAAUAUCGAGGUCCUCCAACAACAAGUCUUAGUAUAUGACACGUUGCUAGACCGCAUCGAUGAAAUCAAAGCAAAGGUGCAAAGCCGUCGUGAUACAGUUCAGAAGUCAUUGGCGGCAUACACCUCAACGCUAGUACCCAUCCGACGUCUUCCCAGUGAUGUUCUUCGAUCCGUGUUUCGCGAGAUACAGAUCUCGCAGUGGCGGAACACUGACACACUGUUAUGGAUCUCAUGA